CCUCUGCUAGUAACAGCCUCUUGGAUCUAUCUACCCAUGUCUUCUGCAUACGGCUCACGCGGCGGCGCCAAGGCCAAAGGCGCAGCUGCAAAGAACAAGAAGUUUGAGCUGACGGAAGAGCAGAAACAGGAGAUCCGCGAGGCCUUCGACCUGUUCGACACGGAUGGCAGCGGCACGAUUGACGCCAAGGAGCUUAAGGUGGCCAUGCGCGCACUGGGCUUUGAGCCCAAGAAGGAGGAGAUCAAGAAGAUGAUCUCGGACAUCGACAAGGACGGCAGCGGCACCAUCGACUUCACCGAGUUCCUCGAGAUGAUGACGUCCAAGAUGAGCGAGAAGGACUCGCGCGAGGAGAUCCUCAAGGCCUUCCGUCUAUUCGACGACGACGAGACUGGUAAAAUCUCGUUCCGCAACCUCAAACGUGUGGCCAAGGAGCUCGGCGAGAACAUGACGGACGAGGAACUUCAGGAGAUGAUCGACGAGGCCGACCGCGACGGCGACGGCGAGAUCAACGAGGACGAGUUCCUGCGCAUUAUGAAGAAGACCAGUCUGUAUUAGGCAGAGCGCGACAACUUGCUCAUCUGUAGACAAGAACGUGCGCUUUUGCUACCAACAAGCACAACUCUAAGUACCUCUUUUUAUGCAUGUCAUGUAUCUAUUCA